GGUCUGUAUGUGUGCUCUGAAGUAGCAGCGAGUAACACCAUGAUUCAUUUCAUAUCGUUUCCAAGAAACUAACUGUUACUUGUAAUGUGAGAACCUAUAAUGUUCGCGCAAAUGUAUUAAUCCCCUCGUGGAUGAGAGUUUAGCCUGCCGUCCAUUUCAAGGUGAGAUGGACAGGCCGAGAGUGUGGCUUGCCUUUCUGGCUUUGAUACUUGCCAGCACGGGCAAGUGUAUCCGCGCUCCGGUGAGUACCAGUGACCAGUACGCGUUUCAACGGGACUGUGAGUCUGGAAGGCUAGCCGAGCAGUUCACUGAGCAAUCGCCGCCCUCUGUUGUCUACGAUACGAUUAUAUUCGUUGCCACCUACCGCAGCAACGGGAGCCGCUACACGUUCGACGGUGAGGCCGGGGGAUUUGGCAGUAAGUAUCCUGGAUGUGGGCGAAGCAUUGAGCGCGCAUGUUCCACAAUCGAACAGGCCAUAAACGAAGCACGUAAUACGGGAUCGGAAUCCGUUGCUUUGAAGCUGAUAGCUCACCCGUCAUCUGGGUGUAGGAUUGAUCCAUAUGAGGACGCCGGAACUCCAAACUUCCAAAUCGGCUCUCUGCCGAAUCUAACACUUCUAACCGACACAUCGUUUGGAUGCCCGAAAUCUGUGGUAGAUCUAAAUGGAAGGAGUACUCUGCUCUACUUGGAGACGCCUGAUUCUGGUCGGUAUUCAGUACGCUGUGUAGAUAUCAUAUUCCAGUCCAAAAUGCGUCUAGGAGUAAGGAGUAAGCUGAUCGAAGUCCUCUGUGGAGAUCCAUUCGUCGAUGUCAUGUUUCAGAACUGUGAAUUCACUGUCGAAGGCAUGUCAUUGUUGCAUGUGGUGGAUAAAGUUUCUGUGGAAGUAGACCAUGCAGAAAUCACACUUACUGUGGCUCAAUGUCAUUUUCAUGUGAAGGGAACCAUUCCCGAUCUCGUAACUUCUACCAAGGCUCCAGCCUUGGGGACCCAAUCGAUCCAGGUCCUUAUUCUCAACUCAAUCUUCCAAGGUCAGAACGAACUGCUGCUGGGUGUUUCGGCCAUUGAUCUGUACUUCAUGCACAUAGACGCCAUUGUUAUGAUACAUAACACAUCGUUCAUAGGUUUCAAUGUCUCAGAAGCGGUGAUUUCCAUACAGAGCUUGGAUCCAAAUACCACCGUUGUGGUACACGACACACUGUUCAAGGACAACCACUACUCGAAUGCUGCACUCCUCAUCUCUGACUGCAGCAAAGUCUGCAUCGAUGGAGCUAUCUUCACGGACAACAAAGCUUCACGGUGUAAUGCGCCAGCAUUGAGAAUCACACAUUGGAGUAAGGAGCUCAAGGUCCACACCGCAGUUGUUCGAUCGCAGUUUACUCUCAAUGAAGGGUUGCAUCGUGGGUGCAAAUCUGCGCUUGAUUUGGAUAUCCGAGGCCGUGUACCUUCUACGCCCAUCCAGAGUUCCAUCAGAUCCGUCGAAUUCGUUCAUGGUCCUGAGUCUGAGGAGAUCUUCAUGAACCUGGAGCACACGGAAUCCCGCAUGUCCAACAACACAUUUUUUCGGAUAAAGUGCGUGGGUGGAGACUUCCAAGCUGUUCAAAGCAAAAUCUUCAUAGAAGGUUUGCACAUAGCUGUAUGCCCGGGAAUCUACCCCUGGAUACUGCAGCAAGCUGAAGUUCACAUAUCGCAGAUCACCAACUUACGGUACAUGGUCCUGGAAGAAAGCUUCAUCUGGGGAAAUGCCCCUAAACAAUGGUCCGUUCGUUGGGGUGAGCAUUUGUUAAUUGACGUGAAUGUCGGUGCCACUGUUGCGGAUGUUUAUCAAGAUUAUGGAUUGUGUUCCUCAAAGGCACUAUCCACUGAAUCCGAGGAGUUCAGCUACCGACCCAAGAAUCCAGUCCUACCGUGCUCCAUUCAAGUUGAAAAGCCACUGAGGUUCAUAUGUGACAGGCCACGUCAUGCAACGUCAGCGUAUAAUACUUCAACUGAGUGUAAUGCCUAUGGCAUGUAUUCAGCUGCUUCGUGCUCAGGCACUCCUGUUCACAGCGCCAAUCACAGUGUAAUCUGCACAGGCUCCAAUUUCACUGCACUGAUAAUCAAGAGGUUUGGGGAAUUUGAAACUCUGGUUAAAGGCAAGCCUACCUGGAUUUUGUUCCGUCACUCCAGCACCGAAUGCAUCAAGCAACGGGGAGCAGCAUGGCUCUAUUCUAGGAAGCAGUGCAGCGGAACCGUUAUUUCUGAGGCUUCGAAACAUAUCAGACAAGGUCGUGAAGCCAAAGACGAGGCUCUGAUAGCUCUUCGGGAUCAACUAAUGCGCCACCGACACUCAUUGACGAAUACGUUCAUUGGGCAGGACAGUUGGAGCCUUCCUUGGGUUCAUGCAGCCGGGCAGGAUUGGAAAAGUGGUGAAUGGCGAGUGGGGCCUAAACGGCGAUGGCACACUAAUUACUCAGACUACCUGGGUUCAUUGGUCUUGUACCCAGCUGCUGGAGAGAUGAUAUCAAUUCACUUGGACACAUAUGACAGUUUCAUGAAUCCGCUGUCUAGCAGCAUGUCCGUGAGGGUGGCGGAAGGAUAUGGGCGGCAUAUUUAUAAAUUUGAGGAUUUCCCAAGGCAAGCUUCGGUUACUCUCUUGCGAUACGAUGGCGAUGCAUCAUCCCUUGGUUACGAGCCUGUGGACAGCGUUGAGUUUCUAUCAGGAGACGGCCUCACUGGAAUUGCUUUAGGCGGGCAACCCGGUGACGUAGGUUGGCUGUUGCUCAGCAUUAAAGGCAGAAAUAGCGCCAGAGUUGAGUUUUCGCAGACAAGUUUCGAGCUGGAGAUACCGUUCAAGAUUCGUCCAUGCCAUAAGGGUUUCCAUGGCCCUGUCAAGAAGGAAUCCCUAACAAUCUUAGGCAAAAAGACGUUCUGGACAUGCGAAUGCAGGAAAUUACAAUUGCCCGGUAUCCGCAACUGCACAAAAGGCCGCCAUUUGAACAUCCGCUCUGGCUAUUGGGCUGGCAACCCAUUCAACAACCCAGAUUUGCAGGGAGAGGGCAGUCUUUCAGAUUUGGUGACCUGGGAGAUGAACGAGUCGCUUCCUUUUGAGGGCUCGAACACGUUUACGAGGUACGUCGACUACCCGUUCGAGAUAGCGCAAUGCAAGAACGGGCUGUGCUUUAAUCGCGACUGGAAGUAUGGUGAAGUUCAAUCCUGUCCAGGAUAUUCGUCUGGUUCACUGUGCGGUCGUUGCUUGCUGGGAUACUGGCAGACACUCGCCACUCAGAAAUGCCAACAUUGCUCGCUCUCCUCUCGUCGAAUACCCUUACACUGGUACGUGGUCACAACGAUUGUUUUGACAGUAGCUAGCUUCCUCCUAAUGUUACGAUUCAACUUCGGUCUUUCCCCAGUACUGGAUAGCUGGCUGUUCCUUAUUCAGGCCUGCUGGUACGUGUUCCCCAAAGACAAAUCACCAAUUCAUGCCGCGAUUCACUCAAUACUGACAUUUGGCCUGGGCAAUCUUUGCUUCGUAGAGCCCCUGGACAGAUUGGACAGCGGCCAACUCCUUCUGUUGCAACCAAUGAUGCUACUCUUCCUCUUCAUGAUGGUGAGGGUGCUGAGGUCAUACAACGUAACCGGAAAGUACAUUCAACGCCUGCAAACUAUUUCGUGCUGGUCUUCACCAGCAUAA